CAACACAAAAGCUAACAAAUUGGCUUACCUCCAUGUACGAAUUGUCCAACGAGUUCUGAGAAAAUUGUUGAAGUUUAUAGUAACACAGAAUAAUGAACAAUGGACUUUGGCCGAUUAUAUUCACGCGAAUGGUGAACAAAUCCUUCGAACUCAGUUUGGACCCCGACAUUUUCAAAUCUUGUUUCCGAGAAACAGUGAGGUAACGAUUGACGCGUAACCCUUAUUUUUGAUUGAGCAUCUGAUUACUGAUGUUCCUGGGUGUUUUGUGGUGCAUCGUGAUAUCAACCAUGCGAUACAUGCCCUGAAUCAAAGCAGACGUGAAUCAAACACAUCCAUUGUAACGGGCGUUGGUGAUAUAUUCUUUGACGAGCAGAUGGAAAAAGUACUACAACUUUUAACAACUAUCUGCCGUUUAAUGAAUGACAAUUCGUUACAAUUAGAGGUACAAAGGGAUAUUGAGCGUUUACGCAUGCCUUCCUACGGUAACGAUGAAACUGUUUUGGAUGAAUUCAGCGAACACUAUGAGAAAGAAAAGUCAAGCAGAAAAGCUGUUACUUCUAUCACGAAUGAAGAGCGCACUUUCCAUCAGACGAUUGCAAAAGUCGCUAUUCUUCACGAAGGUAAUGAACAAGAGCAAUCCACCGAACAAAGGACACAGCCAUUACGUCCAGUUGAUAUGUACCCAGUUCAAGUUACAGAAGCAGUGCUAGAGCUCGUUGUUCAGACAAAUAAUACAACAGGAAAUGCUAGAAUAUCUAGAGAUUUGGUAAACAUCGUCAACAACCAAGAAGUCUCCUCGGAACCGAGUGUUUUACGGGAAAGACGCGAUGAAAUCAUAGCUCAUGUAAUAAACACAUUUUCGUACUAUGGAGAGUUUUAUGCAAGACAAGGAUGUGUACAGAUUUGCGUAAAGCCACGAACAGUUAAACUGUUGUUUGAACUGUUCGAAGAUUGUGUUAGUGGUGAGAUUACAAAGAAGCUGAAACCCGUUGAGGAAUUAAUUCGAGGAUUCACUAAUUUCGAAACAUACACACAAGAGAUUGUGCUUUAUCAGGACCAUUACGACACGAUUAUGAAUGAAAUAGCUUCACAAAUAAGGCAGCAGUUCAAAGACAGAGGUUUUACGUUGGAAAAUGAGAGCAUAAUUCCAAGGGUUGAGUUAUCUCAAAAAGGAACAAUUCUUGUUCGAGUCCAAUGUCCAUCUGUGGAUGAACGUGAUCAAUUUGAUAACACCUUCCAAUCCGGAUAUAUGAAUAAGCUAUUCGAACCACUGGAAGAAAUCUUGAGUGCCGCAUAUGGAGAAAAUUCGGUUUCGUUAAAGGCACACGCAAUUGAUGGAACACCUGUCAUAUCGGAAAUCGCUGAUAAAGGUGUCCACCACCUUUUUUACCUUGUUUUGCACUGA